CCGCGCCGUUCAUCGCCGCCUCGGAACCCCUCGGCGCAUUCUCGAGAACAGCAACACCCAACGAGCCCGUCUCCAACCCCGGUCGAUCACCAACAUGGCGCAAGCAGGAGCUGGCGGGUCGUAUAGCAACCCGCUGAAGAAGUUCAAGCUCGUCUUCCUUGGGGAACAGAGCGUCGGCAAGACAUCACUCAUCACACGCUUCAUGUAUGAUUCGUUCGACAACAUGUACCAAGCCACCAUCGGCAUCGACUUCCUUUCCAAGACCAUGUACCUAGAAGACAGGACAGUGCGGUUACAGCUCUGGGACACAGCCGGACAGGAACGAUUUAGGAGCUUGAUCCCGUCCUACAUCCGGGACUCGAGCGUGGCAGUAGUGGUCUACGACAUCUCAAACGCGAAGAGCUUCCAAAACACACGAAAAUGGAUCGACGACGUGCGCGCCGAGCGUGGGAACGAUGUCAUCAUCGUGUUGGUGGGCAACAAGACGGACCUCAACGACAAGCGCGAGGUGACGACGCAGCAGGGCGAGGAAGAGGCCAAGCGCAACAACCUCAUGUUCGUCGAGACGAGCGCCAAGCUCGGCCACAACGUCAAGACGCUCUUCAAGAGGAUAGCCCAGGCCCUCCCCGGGAUGGAGGGCACCGACGCUGCCGCCCAGGCGUCGAGCCAGAUGAUUGACGUCAAGACGCCCGCCGCCCCGGCACCCCAGGAGGGUUGUGCUUGCUAGAUUGGACGUGUUUGUUCGGGAGAUGGGGGAAGUUCAUAGAUGGGAGAGGUCAAGACGGAGAUGUCUGCUUCCGCUGGAGUUAAGACUUCCGUCGGCCACCG